AUGGGAAACAACAGCGUUGAGCAAACCGGCAACAUCAGCAGUAUCACUCAGCACACAAUUGAUGAACUUGCACACGAGCAUCCACAAAAGCGACUAAUAAUCGCAGUGUCAGGCACACCAGGCUCAGGCAAAACCCAUCUCAGCGAGCUGAUCAGUUCAUCCAUUAAUGCUCAAAUGCCAUCCCAUCCAUCAAUUGUUCUGCCCAUGGACGGGUUCCACCUGACCAAAGCACAGCUACUUGCCAUGCCCGACCCCCAAACAGCCAUGAGGCGGCGUGGGGCACCAUGGACUUUUGACAGCCACGGGUUUGUUGAACUUGUUCGGCGCGUGUGUGAGCAGUGUGAGGAUCCUGUUUUGGCCCCAUCUUUUGACCACGCAAUUGGUGACCCAGUGGCUAACGCCAUUGUUAUUACAGCGCAGCAUAGGGUUGUUUUUAUAGAGGGGCUUUAUGCGCAUGUCAAUGAGGACCCAUGGGCCCAGCUCGCUGACAUAGUAGAUGAGCGGUGGUGGGUGGAGCCUCGGGACAAGGAGGGAGCCAGGGAGAGGCUUGUCAGCAGGCACUUGGCCACGGGACUCGCCGCAAACAAGCAGGCGGCAGUGUUGCGCAUUGAUGGCAAUGACGGUAUCAAUGGCAAGUACUCGGCCUCGCACCGCCUGCCGCCCACGCGUGUUAUAUUCAAUUGA